AUGUCACCCAACAAACGCAGCACCAGUCCCGUCACUGAAAUUGCGCCCCCCGCAAAGAAAGCCAAAGCCGCAAAUGACUUCCCGCUCUUUGACGAUGGUGACGUCACCAUUUGCAUGGGCAAUUUGGUAAUGAAGCUGCAUUCCAAGACGCUGCGCGGCAGCUGCGAGUACUUUGCCAACUUCGAGGAACUUCCCACCCGAUUCGUGCUCAAGCCCAACACGGCCUCAUACGCGGAAUCAUACAUUCUUGUGCCCGCCACCUCUGAUGGCAAUGGCGUCUCGGAUAACGAGGCCCAGAAAGACAACUUUGAAGACGCUUUGACGGUUAAUGAGAACAUAUUUCGUCUUCUCUACCACAAGCCGAUCUCGUGCACCACCCAAACCCCCUUCAGCGAAAUUACAGCCCUAGCUAAGGUAUACGGAUGCAUCGACGCAAUUCGAGACGACCUCAUAACCGCCCUGCUCCGAGUCAGCCUCGGUUCUCAGAUGUUCCGCGAUGACCCUGAUCGUCUUCUCUACACAGGAUACUAUCUGCGCGAUAAGGCUAUCUUUACAGAAGCUUUAGUUCACACCGUUGGUCAACGCAAGUGCGAUAGUGAAUACAUACCGGGAAAUGUCAAAGGCCUGGUUACCAAGGGUGUCGCCAAGUUGGAGGACAAAGUCGGACAGUGCUGGGAGGCCGCAAUACGCUGCUGCGAGGCAGAUACCAUUUCGAAUGCAGUCGCAGCUACGCUGCUGCGCCAAUACCUCGACAAGCGUAUCCCCUGCAUUCUUGGUAGCCCGCUGCGUACUGAAGUCUACAAUGUCUUCGCAGCCCUCCACCGCAUGGAAGACGUCAAGGUGCUACUGGAAAUCGAUCUUAUGACUCAGGUGGACACCAUCGAUGAUGCGCUCGGAGCUGGUGUGUCUUUCCUCAGGAGCUUCGACGCGGAUCGGCUUUUUGAGAUUGAGCCCAGUGGGGAUACGCAGCGGAGCAUUAACAAAGGUCUCGACUGCGGCGUGUCUCGUGAUGAAGUUGUAGAAGAGUUGUCAGAUAUCCUGAAACAGGUUCAGUACUCCAUCAAACCUCUUUUCAAGGGCGACCGCAACGUUGGCUACUUCACCUGUUUCCAGUUCGAGGGGCCAUUCCCGUGGGAGAGCCUGACUGAUAGCUCUGGGAACGGAGCCCACCCACAGAUGCUCUGCUCCGACCAGCCACGGUUUGCCACGGUGUGA